UUGUUUACGUAUUAAUACAUAAAGAUAUCAUUUAAUCUGUGGUUCUUAGUUUAUAUCAUUUUGUGGUGCUGUUUGAUUUUAUCAUCGUUAAUAAUUAUCUCAAUAUUGUUUACAAUAAACUAUAAUAAAUAUACUUAAAGUUUAAUAUUUAUAGUAGUAAAGGUGCUAACUUAUUGAAAUGUUAUUGUUUAUAUACAAAAAACAUAAAUAUACGAACCGUUACUGUGUGUUACGUGAAGAAAGAAGUUGGCAUAAAUAAAGCUAUUCAAAUUGUCUUAAUUUGGGAGUCCACAGUAAAUAAAGUACAAAAGAUGGCAACGGUACAAAAAAUUGAAUCAAAAUUAAUAACUUUAAAAGAAAACCGUCCGAGAGAUAGUAUGAACAAUGAGAUAUCAUCAACAUCGAGUGAAGAUGGAUCCAAUUCAGACGCUAUCACGAAAUUCAAUAACUUCUACAAGUCAAGAUAUACUGAAUCAGCUCAAUCUGAUAAUGAAGUACUGGAAUCACCAAGAUCUGUGAUACAAGCACGGAACCAUUAUAAAUCUAUGGGUAAUAUCACAGAUCCGUAUAGAAAUAAUAAUAUCGUACAAAGUAGUAUAAGCAACGUAGACCUAAGUCUCCAUAGGAGUGAAAUUAAAAAGUUUGAAUCUCUUCGUAUACCAAUAGUUGGGUAUGAAGUAAUGGAGGAACGGGCUAGGUUCACGAUAUACAAGUUGAAAGUUGAAGAUGACAAACGUGAUCAAUCCUGGCUAGUGUUUAGGAGGUAUACGGAUUUUGUCAGGUUAUACAAUCGUAUAAAAAGCGAACAGCCAAACUUACUUCUACCGUUGCCUGGUAAACGUUGGUUUAGGGAUAAUUUUCAACCGGCAUUCCUCGAAGAGAGGGUAAGGGGCUUGCAGACAUUCGUCAACGCUAUUUUACACAUGCUCCCGAAUCAUUCGGUCGUCAGAGAAUUUUUCUGCCUGGAUGAUCCCCCCCAAGUGUUUAGCUAUCAACCGGAAGUGCAAGCCGUUUACGGUGCUUUGGAAGAUUCAAUAACAACACUUAAAGUACAAUUGAAGCAAAAGGAUGCGACAAUAAUGCAUUUACAAAAACGUGUCGCGCUUCUGGAGGAUCAGAUCAAGAACUGUCCUACUUGUAGUACAAAUAAAUCAGCUAAUAUGUAGUAAUUUUGAUCUGAUUAAUAAUUUCUGGAACUUUUUUACGGUAUGUAGGCUCGCAAAUGAAUUACCUAAAGGUAAGUCAAGACAUUUCUUACAUCGCCAAUCCGCCACUAACUUUGAGAACUGAGAUUAAGGAGCCGUUAGCUGUACUCUUGACUAUAGUACUGUUGUUUGGUGGUAGAACAUCUAUGAGGGGUUGGUACCUACCCAGAAGAGCUGGAACUAUGCCCUACCACCGAGUGAAUAAUUGUUAUAACGUAUAAGCGUUCACUGUCCUGGAAAGUGUUAAUAUAGGCAUUUGUAAUUCAGAACUGCUCGGUAAGUUAAUUGAAACUGAUGACAAUAAUCGCUUGGAGUUUAAUUGCUGUUUGUCAUUCGAAAAUCAACAUUUAUUGUAAACCCUAUAUAUUUGAUUGAUUCCUACUAAAAGUACGAGUCGUAUAGUCGGGUGGGUCCAACCCACCAUAGAAUGCUGACCCCCCCAGAUUAAAAAGUGUCUUAUUGAAUCAUUUUGUAAUAAUUUUGUUUAUUAUUCGAACAAAAAGUAUUACUCGUGAGCAGUAGGCUAAAAUCUUAACCCACCCUUGCAGCUUAAUUUGUUAUUAUAUCUUAUGUCUUUGGAGUAAUGAAUGGAAUGGCGAUUUGUAAUUAAAAUUUCUAUUAAUUAUUUGUUAAUGGCCUUAGAACAUUUAAGAAAUGUAUUUUUUUUUAAUACUUAACUUAUAUCUAAUAUAAUACUGGGA